AUGUGUCCCCGUCAGUCCCCAUCUGUCAACCAGAUGUCUUCAGAAGUUCCCCCGCCUAUUGCCAGUCACCUGAUCCUGCUCCUCCCUCCACACCUGUUCCUCAGUCAGUCCCUCAGUACCAGCCAUGUUUACUGUUCAUGUGCAAUACUUUGUGUUAUAGCCAUAUGUGCCUGCCUGCUCCCUGUUCUGUGGACCUGCCUGUGUUUGCUAGUUCGCAAUCUGCUUUCUUAUGUAAGAGGAUCGGAUUUCUUUGCCUCUUUGGACUGCCUUCAUGUUGCCAAACUGUUUUUUGAGGCAGUGCUCUCCAUCAGAGUGCCACACCUCAUUGUAAAAGAGGAAGUUCUCAAGUUGUGGCCCUUUGGCCCCUUGGAGGAGGAUGUGGACAGGCUGAAGGUGGGGGCAGUCGGCCAAUUAGAGCCGAGGAACAGACAACAGCAUGCCAGCAAUGUUACUUGUGUGGCUUCCAGCAUACAGAGCUGCCAUCUGCCCUGUGCACCACGUUCUGUGUCAAUGUGUGACAGGCCACGUCUUGUCACCAUGGACUCCCAGGGGAUUCUGACAAGUGGCCCAGACACUAGCUCUGCUCUGCUGGAGGUCGUUGCCAUGGAGACAUAUGGGGUCAGCCAGACUCUGCUCGUCAGUGUUCGGGUGUGUGCAGAUGUCGAGUGGCUGUCCACUCUCAGGAUGAGUCUGUUUCCCAGCUGCUCUCCACUGACCCUCUCAUUUCUCUGUCUGAGCCUCUUUGCGGGGUCAGUCCCCUCUCUGUCGCAGCUGUUCUCAGGUGUCCCAGAGAUGCUUCUCUACCUGCCGGCCUUUCACUGCUUCGCGUCCGCCUGGUCCUUAGUGUGAUGGGAACCAAGGACAUGCUGUCAUCCCUUAAGGUCUGUCACACACAAGUAUAAAGAGACAAGGUUGUACACACAGUUUGUUACACAGCCUUUGAGCCUUAGAGUGAAUUUAAAUUAUGUAAAGAAUAUUAUUGCAUUGAAAUAAUACUGAAUUAUUAUUAUUAUUAUACUCCCAUUAUCUGUAGACACCUGAUUUUGAAAGUUCCAAGUAAUAUAUGAAUAUUGGGUGCUAAAUAUCAACAGUCCACAAAGAAACUGUAAAAAACACUUUGACAAGUUUUGGGAUAUUUGGUUUUAAAAUUCCUGUUUGGAUAUGACCAUGCAGUGGCCACUAUACUACACUAUACGUUUAUUCCUUAUAUAUACUGUCAAUGGUUUAUUCCGACAGCUGUAGCCUUGAGCUCUGAUACAUUAGAGAGCUCUUCCAUAGUACUGACAGUCACCUCCUCACUGGACCACAUAGAACACAAAUUAUUACCUGUUUCACAGUUAUACGGCUUAAGUAUGAAAGAAUAAUUGAAAACCAGUUGGGAUCAUAUGGCCUAGAGUUAUUUACUUGUCUUUUUCAGUACUUCCCAGCAGUAUAUAACAAUAAUUUCUAAUCAUGUAUUCAAUUAAAUUAUGUGACCUGGAUCCAGAUAAGCCAAGAAAUGGAUGGAUUAACCUAUUACAAAUGAUUAGUGCAUUUGUUUUUGAUCAAAUCCUCAUUUGCACAUUAUGAGAUGAGCUUCCUAGCUACUGUAGCUAGCAGUAGUGACGUGUUUGCCACAAGUGCGAUGGUGCUGAAACUCCAUAAACAAUCCACCGUUGCAGCAAUCCCACAAUCAUACAAAAAAUAAUUUUGUAACUAACAUUAGUAAAAAACUUAAUUAGGUUUUCAAUGUCUGUAUGUAGCCAUUAAUCCAUUAGAACACCUUUAGUUGAAAGUAUACGAGUGCUGCGUAAAUUGUUUAACGUGGCUGUCGGAGAACACAGCAUGAAAAGUGAGUGUAGAAUAAACAUUUAUCCUUUAAUAGUCAUUCAGUAACCAGGAGGCACAUAAUAUUCCCAUUUACUAUGAUUUUAUUUGUAAGCUGUGUCCAAUAUACAAGCAAGACACAAGAAAAAUGUCACCAUAGCAACAAGAAAGUUAUCAUUCACUCCCUCUCCUGAUUCAGUUUCUUUAUUCAGUGUAUAACUCAAUGCUGUCACAUAUAGCGACUGUGCAAAUGGCCUACGUGCCUUAACAGCUGUGAGUAAACUGUAGGACAAAAGAUUUCAUCCCAUUUAUCUCUAGCUUUUCCCUCAAGCUACUAGUGUGAUCAUUAUUUUGCAACUUCACAGGAAUUCAUCAUCAUUUUCACAGGAAGCUUUCAAGCACAUGUAAAUUCACAACCACAAUGUUCAUGAUGAUGUCAUUUAGUGUCACAACACUUGCGUACUGUGUUUGUGUUUUACAAGCAUCGGGAAACAGAAGCAGAGGCAGCGACGACUUUCCCUGAAUCAACCCUCGUUCAGAAUGAGAGCAGGCCCUGAACCAACACCACGGGCUUCGGAGCAGGCACCAAUGACAUCAGUGUUGACCCUAAAUAAACUUCACUUUGGCCUUAACUUGAAAGAUA